GAAAAAAAGGGGGCGGAAAUCGAGGGUGAGCAGGGGAGAGAAGGAGAGUGGGCGAAGUGGAAACAAGAGAUAGUGUACGAACGGGUGGUGCGACGUUCGGGUACGCAAGUCGGCAGGCCGGCUCUGGGGUGCCGGGCCCGGGCGGGGUGAUGAGCUGUUCCGAGGUGAUGUAUCAAUAUUAUCCUUACCUCUACCAGAGGCCACCGCCACCGCCGCACCCGACCCACCCUCAUGCGGCCCCGCACACCCAUCCCCACGCGAAUCCGCAUGCGGCCCACCACAGCCCGGCUAGGCCGGCACCUUUUCAAUCCUUCUCCGCGGCCACGGCGACGCAUCAGUACGACAGGUUGAACGUUCACCAAAGAUCGCUUGAAGCGGCGGGUCUUGAAAUUUGCGGACCAACUCCUCAACCACGGCCCCUUACAUCCACUUCACAACCCUCGAGGACGUUAGACGAUGACAGACCGACGGACGCCGUAGGUACUGGUACCGCAGCGGAGGAUUCAGACGACGGCGAGAGCAGAGCGGAGUACUUGAAUCCAAACUGCCUGGUCGUCACUCAUUAUCGAGGGGACGCUGCGUCCGAGGUGGAGGAACACUUUCAGAGGGCACUGGCGCACGACAAACUGAAGGAAAACAUCCCCCCCAUGUCGAUGAGGAACUUCCCCGCUUCCUUCUGGAACAGCCAGCAUCCUGGUGAUGUCUACGAGUAUUCAACGGAUCCAUGGCAUCCGCAUUAUUCACAGUAUCACCACAGGGCUGUGCACGAGUAUCACCACCAUAACAUGGCGGCCGUGACGAGUUACGGCGGUCUGCUGUUGGGUGGUGCGCGAGGACUCGGACACCAUACGUCCCACCAUGCGGCGCAUCACGCGCACCCCGCGGCUUCCUACAAGGACUGGCCCUCGGCGACGCCGUCGCAGUCGCUCGUCGACGCUUCCUCCGCACCCCCUUAUCCACACGGUCCUUACGCACCCCUCUCUGGUCUCGAGUCUCAGGUGCAGGAUUCCAAAGACCUCUACUGGUUCUAGAAGCGAGCCACGGAGUCUCGUGGGCCGAAUUAAUUCGCAACAUCCGGUGGGUGCAUCCGCGAAAGAGAGAAGUAUAC